AUGGCGGAAGGUUUGAUCAGUGAUUGCCGUUUGCUGUUGUCACGCUUUGAAAACCUUAAAACUGUUCGAUUUGAGAAAUUUUGCGAAGUGUGGAGAGAAAUGAACUUUUCAUUAAUACACUGGUAUGCAUUUAUCUUGUUAUAAGCCUCGUUUGCAGUGUCAACCAGACCUUACUUUGACGUUUGUUCAAAUUUUGCAGAUGCAGGCUUCUGCAACUGACAGCGGGUUAAUUUGUCUUUUUUCGUUUUAGUGGUGCAAAAGACAUUAACAGAAGAACACAGGUUUGAAAGAGACCGUUACUUUUCUAUUUUUAUAAUGAAAUUUUGGAUAUGACAGGACGCGAACAGUAGAAAUACAGACCCUGACACCUCCAAACUAUACCCUUAGAUGAUUUGCGCGCACUGCCAUCUCGUGGGUCAAGGGUUCAAAUCUCAAUGAACUUUUUCAGGCUUUCAUUUCUGCAUAGUUGCAUCUAAACUGCGAUGAUCCUCUUUACAUUUAAUUCAAUAACUAUCCUGUAAAGUUAAGCUUUAGUAUGUAAAGAAAGUAUUGAUUAGUUUAAGGUAGCUUAUAUACAGUUAGUUGGAUGAGACAGCUUGUCCAAGCUACAAUAGCCUUAUUUAAACUGGGACAUUCAUUAUUAAUGGUGCGUUCGAUUGGGAAAUCUGGAUUUAGAUUUAAAAUCCGGAUUUCGGACUUGCAAUCGAACGGGAAAUCCGAAAACGGAUUUCAACGCUGAGAUAUCUGUUUUUGGAUUUUCAUUUUUACCGUUCGAUUGGGAAAUCCGAAAAAGGAUUUGAAAAACUGUCGUUAAGAACAGCGGUCUUGCACGCCCACGCAUACUUAGCAAAAAGAAGACCACUGUUCACGAGAAUGGUUUUGUAAAUCCUUUUUCGGAUUUCCCAAUCGAACGGUAAAAAGAAAAUCCAUGAAAUCCGAAUUUGGAUUUCUUAAUUGAAAUCUACCCUAUGGAUGGAUUUCUCGGAGGUGAAAUCCGUUUUCGGAUUUCGUGUUCGAUUGGGAAAUCCGGAUUUAGAUUUUGAAAAUCUAAAUCCGGAUUUCCCAAUCGAACACACCCUAAGUGCGUGGCUGUAAAAAAUUUCCUUUGAUAACAAAUUAGAACUUUUUAAUUUAUGAAUUACUGUGGUUUAAUGCUUUCCUUACUUUUAGAGGGAGGGUUCUGUGAACAAACUAACCUGUUGAUAGUUGCCAUUCUUGUGUUGUUUUAUUACAGCUAGUUGAUUACCUUUUUCGCAUCAUAAGUACAUACCUUGACUCAACGCCAUGUAGUUUUCAGUACCGGAUUGGAGCAUUGUAUGCGCUGUAUGCCAUCUAUUAUACACAUCUUAAUCAACCGAAAGUUAAGGUAAUGCUUGUUUUGGAAUAAAAACUGUACUUCAUCUAAACUGUGAUGUUUCUUGUCUGAUUUCCAUGAAACAUGUGCCAGGGUUAAAAAAAAAGAAGCAGGCCAUAUUGUGUUAGUCACAACCAGUGCAGAUGCCUUGUGGGUAAAUCAGUUCUCAGACUUUUGUCUUUUUUUUCCUGUGAAUAAUAAUUAGGGCCUUGGAAACAAAAGAAAAUUUUGUGACUCAAACUAGGUUGAAUAUGUAGCUGGUUCACGUGUAACCUGAGAAUGUCAAUUUACCCAAAUGCACUUUAUUGAUUUAUAUAGUAGUAUGCAAUUUUCAAACUUUUUAAAAGUUCAGUGUCUGAGUGGCUGAAGAUGAGUGAGUUUUGGCUCUAAUGAGCAGAAGCCGAGUUUAAACCAGUGGUUUUGUUAGAAAUCAAGAGUCCACUGUAUAUCCUCCCUUUAAUUUUUGUCGGACAUAAAAAAUUAAAAGUAUUGUCAAGUGAGGUUGCUUAUUUAUGCUUUAAUUUAAAGAUUCGCAUGACCCUUGCAAUGAUGAAAGAUCUGAAAGAGCUGCACAAGCGGAUUAUUGAACAGCAAGUUAGUAACUGACCCUAAUUUAUUUAAAUUAUUAAAAAAAAAAAACUUUAAAUUGCAAAUGUUCUUUUAAAAAUUAAUGCACUGCUUGUGAACUUGCUUACGUGUUGCAUGAGCCUGUGCGGUUUCUUGCAUUAAGACAUGGGCCGGUUUAAGAUUGUGAAGGCUAAUACCACAUUAGUGCUCUUGUUGUAAACAUGGCAUAUUUCAAAUUAAAGCCUUGGUUAUAUUAAAUGCUUUUACAUGUAUGUGAUCUAUGUUUUAACUGUGGCUUGUCUGAGUGCCAGUUGGCAAGUUGAAGCCAAAUCCUGCAAUCUGAUUCGCUACCAGUUAUUGCCCAGAGUGAUUUUCAUAUGACCUUUAAAAAUGGUUUCGGUAAGUGUUCGUUAUUUGUUUUAUCAGUCAAUGGAUGAAAAAAUCAAAACAUGGACUCUUCGUUUUCCUGCCAAAGAAAACCCUAAUAUGGAGAAGGCAUUGUUUGAUUGGCCAAUCGUGUUGCAGUAUGAUGUCAAAGCAAAGUAUCGGUUGAUUUCUAGAAAGUACUCGAGCAUGAAGUUUUUUCACCCAAACAUUCGCGUAACCAACCAAAAGCCUCGUGCGUUUGUAUCCGUUUGAUAAGCCAAUCAAAUUUCUCUGUUUCGGUAUAUUUGUUGUUUCUGUUUUGUUUGUGCGUUUUCAUUUCAAGGUCAUAUGAAAAUCGCUGUACCAUUUUAUCAUCAAUGUCACUGAUUAGAAAUGUGCAUUACAAACUUUCUGCAGAAUUACUGUAUUUUUCCCUAUCUAUAGAGUUGAUGUAAAUCAAUGAUGAAAUAAUCCACCAUCAUCUUAUCCUUUUUAGCAUCAUGAUGCUGACUACAUUCUGAGACGACUUUACAAAGAAAACUCAUUCCUGUUUGUUGCCAUGCCAAUACCAGUAAGUACAUAUAUGUAAGUGGUGUAUUCAUACUUCUCAUAACAUUUAUGACAAGUGUGACUCAACAUUUUUUUGUUACUUCAGCCUAAUAUUUGCAGCCUAUUUUUAGCUUGCAUUUGGAUCUAAGGAAGCCAUUACAAGCCAAGAAGAAGGGCAAAGUUCUGGGUUAAUUGAUGAUGUUAAUGAUGAUGUAGAGGAGAGAUUUCGAGCUCUUGAGGUACCUAAUUUUUUCUCAGUCUGUUUGUUUACUCACUGCCAAUGACACAUGAAAAUGGUUAUCAAGCCUAUCUAUAAAUCACACAUACAUUGUAUUAAAACUAACUAUGCUUUUAGCAAAUCAGAUAAAUACCUUAAUAUAUGAAAUUAAUGCAAAUAUAUAAACAGGCGAUUUAAGAACAUCCCUUGUAUUAUUUUGCAUGCAUAUACACAAACAUGUUUGUUUUGAUUCUUAACUUUUACACCCUGAAUAAAUUUUUAAAAAAGUAUUUUUUAGGCUACAUUAUGACUUCAUCUAUAAUUUACAUAUGCCAGCUCUCCCAGAUUAUCCAGAAAUCUCCCAGAUAAAGCACGAAUCCCCUGGUUUUCUGCACAGGUCACGUCAAUUCCCAUUCUUCCAAAUAAAAUUGACUUUUGAGCCUAGUGUGGAAUUUAGCCGAAAUUUUUCCAAAAUUCAAAUUUUUUUUUGUGAUUUUGAAGUUCAUAUUACAGUUUUGAGUGGCAUUUUUCCACGCGCAUUGUAUAUUUAUUUCAUCAUUGAUAUAGAUUGUUAUUUAGUACUUCAUUUAAGACUAUGUAUAAUGUUCUGACCCACACCAACAUUCUGAUUUUGAGUCAUGUGUACCAGGGGUGAGGUGGGUUGAUAUUGGAGGUGAGGGAACAGGGGGUACUGCAAAGCAGUCAGUCUCCUCAAUACAGACAGUCCCUGGAAUUUAGGUCUCUAACAGCUGGCAUUUCUGAUACUAAUGUAUAGUUUGUUAUAAAUCUCUUUCUCUAGUAUUUAGAAGAAGCCCACAAGAACUACAAAGAAUUGAAAAGUAGUUUACUAGAAUCUGGCACUAUUCCUUCUUCACGAUCAUUCAGUGCUAUCUCAGAUGAUCUUGUUACAGAUGUUGCAAGGUACAUUGUAUGAUCAUAUCCAGUUGUUAAUUUUUAACUAACAAGAAGUACUUAUGGAAAGGUGCCAGUAAAAAUUUGAGGAUAGAAAUUUUGCAAUUUGUGUCUUUUGGACGUCAGUUAAUUGCAGCUAUGUUUCAACCCAUUUAUCCAGAUAAGCAAUUUUCUUUUAACUUUUAGAGGGGGAUAUCAAAAUUUUUUUUUAGUUUUGUGAAGUCCAUUGUCUCCUCCACCCUCGUUCAUGAAUUUAUGCCCUUUGAUAUUUUUUAACUAUGCAUGUUUUACCUUUUUGAUGAAGUGAAUUACAGAAGUUUGAUGAUUGGAAAAGGACAAGGUGUCAAAAGGUAUGAGCCAGGACUUCUGUUUUCAGAACCACAAACAAUAAGCAGUUAUUGAAUGAGGCUGAGUAGGAUGUGAAGAAUUGUGCAGAUCAAGGAGGAUGUCAUCCACCGAGGCUGAUUGGAGGCUGAGGUGGAUAACAUCCUCCGAGAUUUGCAUAAAUCUUCACAUCAUACAAAAGCUGAAUUCAAUAAUUUUUUAUUGUUUUAUUAUUCAUUCAAAAGUUAUUAGUAACAAGCUUACAAUGUACCUCCUUGCAGACUUUUAAUUCUUCUUAACUUUGGCCAACGGUCAUGGUGUCAGGAUAUAAACAGAUGUUUUUGUCUAUCAGAUACUCCUCAAACGUAGAUAACAGCUACUGAACAAUUUGUUUUGCGUAUUGCAUUUCUUCCAUGUAUUAGUUAGAAAUUCAGCUAUUUCGUCUUAGAAAAGCUAUGAAUGCCAUUUUGAUCACUGGGCUAUUGCCCAUGAAGCCUCAUUUCCAUUCAAAUAUACCAUCGCUGAACCUGGUUUCCAAUCAAAUAAUAUUCCCUGUAUACGACCAAAUUGAUGGUAUAUUUCUUGCAUCUUCCAAAUAUGGUAAGCACCUGUUGGUUAUGAAGAAUUUACCAGGGUAAUAGCAGAAACAGCAAAAUAUUUUGAGUGAAUAUUAAAUAAUGUCCAUUGUUAAAUAAUAAGUCUAUACUCCAAAGUAUAUUUACCUGCAAACCCUCUGAUAGAAGGCCAGGAAAAAACCCCAGGUCCGAUUGCCUGGGCAAGUAAAAAUAGAAGUUUGUGGCCCAGUGGGCAGGUGAAACUAGCCUCGGUGGUCCUGUGAGUAUGUCUGACAGUGUCAGCUUGGUAAAUGAUAAUUUGAAUCCAGACAGAAGCUAUUUCAAAACUAAUAGCCUGUUCUGGUUGUUUAGAUAGUCCAAAACUAAAGACUGCAAGAUGAGUGACACAAUUACUUGAAAGCAGGAACUAAUUGAAAAUCGUGUUACUCCGCCAAUCACCAUCUUGGUCAAAUCCAGUAGUUGUUCUGUAACUGGCACAGCAUUUUACAUUGUAGUACUAGUAAUCUUAUACACUUUGUUAUAAUCUAUAACUUAUUAUAGACACCGUCAGUACCUUAGAACUGUAGAUGAUAAGGCAAUGUGCUCCUCCACUUUGGGCAAAUACUAAUUUAGUGAGGACAAGUGAAAACUGAAAAAUUAUAUUUUACUGGUUCCUUGGGCAAGUGGAUUUCAAAUUUUUUUAAAUCCUGCCCUGGAUAGGCUCGCCAGGGGAACACAGUCACACUCCAAGUCACUCAAUAUAUAAACCAGGUCACCCUGUGAUGGACAAUUUGCACCCCUUUCGAGGGUGGAGUUGUUAAACUGUUGGAUAGUGUAACCUGGGAACCCUGUGAUGGACUGUUAAGGGCACAAAUACUUUCAUUGCUUAAAAAGCUGGAAUAAGCCCUGGAUGUGUGUCUUUAUCUUUCACUCGCACGUUAUUAGUAAUUAAAUAUAAUCUGAUUGUCGUCAUUGUCUGGUAUCCACCUUUUUACAGCAUGUGUUAGAGCGAACAACGGGAACCUCAGUGUCACAAGCAAACUCUGGCAAAGCUCCAUCACAAGACAGCCAAACAACAUCAGAAAAGGAAACAAGAACCUCCACGGAGCCACUCUCUGCUGCCAAAAAGGUAUGCUUGUGUUGUGAAUUAUUUUUGAGUACUUUAUUAUAAUUAAGCCCUAACCAAAGAAAUUUAUCCAGCUCAAUAGACCUGAGAAUAUGGUUUAUUGACUUCAAUAUACCUGCAAUGUUCUUUUCUUGACAGUUAUGAGUCAGAAAAAAGUAACUUAUUGGUUGUUGUUGGUUUUUUAAAGGGUAAUACAUCAAAAAGCUCUAGAGUAAACGAAAUAAAGAAAAAGUCAUUCUCCACAGUUUCGAAGGUGUGUAUUUCUAAUUCUAAGCUUAACUUAUUCUGUUAACCACAAUUUAAUAAGAACAUUUUACUGACAGUUCACUUGGGUUUCAACAACAUCAUUCUUAAGAUGGUGUCAGUAAGCUUUGCAGUCAUUAUCAAGGCAAAGUAGAAGGGUGAUUUGGAACUCUGGAGAUCCUUAUGAACUGAUAGUAUUAUUACUGGCUGCUUAUUACUGGCUGCUGAUUAGAGGAAAGAAAUGAAAAUACAUGUAAAUGCAAUAUUGAAAUUUCUUUUUUUCACUGACGUAAGAAAACCUGAUAAACUCUAACCUGUGACAUUGGACCUUCCUCAUUUGUUUCUCCAUUAAUAUUUUCAAUUUAGUAGUUUAAGGAAAUAUCGACUACUGUUAAUAGUUAGACCAUUGCCUAAAACUAAUUUUUUAUAGCUAGUUUGUAUUAUACUUGUUUUUGAAACAUCUUUUUGUGUUUUUACAGGUUUCAAAAAGCAUGAGACAUCUACAGCCAAGUAAAGAAACAACAGAAGAGGAAGGAAACAAACCAAAGAAAAAGCGUCAAAAGAAAUAGCAAGUUGUGUACAAGGAUUAUUGGACCAGACUGAGGAGUAACACGUCACGCUUGGGCUUAGGACUGGUUAGUUGAGAACAGAAGUGCCAAAUCUACACAUUGUUUUCUUCAACAGGUCAUGUUUUCUGUCAAUCCCAUACAAAUGUCUCACAUUUCAUGGGAACAUAACUCGGAAAUUAGUGAACUUGCUCUUUGUGGGCUGCUACUGAUAGUGCAUUUUUUGAGACUUUGAAGUAAAGUUCAGUGUACAAUAUUUGCGACAAAAUAUUAUGAAAUAACUUGGAGAGUAUUCAAUUUAGAAAAAUAAAACAC